UACUGUACUCUCAGUAAUCCAGCAGUGGCAGCAAGCAACACAAAAGUGCUCACACACUCUCCUCGCAGCGCAGCCUCACUUUCGGCUUCGUAGAAACCAGCCCGCUUGCCACCAAUCAUGGCCGCCGGAGUACAAAUCUAACUCCACGUCUUUCCUCCCUGUCGCGUGGACGGGAGGAUUACUGUCAUUUUUUAUGAUCCUUGGAGGAAGAAAUAUUAUUCGGUUUCUUUUUUGAAUAACUAUACAUUUCACUGGGGGAAUACUAUUCAUGUCAAUACCCCAAAAUGCAGCCGCCGCCGAGGAAGGUUAAAGUAACACAAGAGCUGAAGAACACGCACACGGACCAGUUGACAAGACUGCACUUUAAAAAUCAGACUGAAUGCGACUUACUUGAAGACAUGAGGAGCUACAGUCUGAAGAAAGGACAGCUUGAGAGGGACUAUGCACAGGCUCUGCAGAAGUUAGCAAGCCAAUACCUAAAGAGAGACUGGCCUGGGAUCAAUCCUGAUGACCAGAGAACAGACUACAGGAAUGUGUAUGCAGUGUGGCGGUCCUACUUAGAGGGUACAGUCCAGGUGAGCCAGUCCAGACUCAACGUGUGUGACGACUACAAGAGUCAAGUUUCGGAUCCUGCCAAAACUGUCAGACUCUUCAAGGAGCAGCAACUAAAAAAGAUCAUCGAUCAGUUAAGUGGCAUUCAGGCAGAGCUGCAGGAGUCGGUAAAGGAACUGGCAAAAGCCAAGAAGAAAUACUACGAUUGCGAGCAGGUUGCCCACGCAGUACGAGAAAAGGCGGAUAUAGAAGCCAAGUCAAAACUAGCUCUCUUUCAGUCAAGAAUUAGCUUGCAAAAAGCAAGUGUAAAGUUGAAAGCAAAGAGGAGCGACUGCAACUCAAAAGCAACACAGGCCAGGAAUGAUUAUUUGUUAACAUUAGCCGCUGCCAACGCUCACCAUGACCGCUACUACCACACGGACCUGCUCCACUGCAUUCAGGCCUUGGAUGGCAGAAUUUAUGAGCAUGUGAAAGACUACCUGAUAGCAUUGUGUCGCACCGAGCUGGAAGCCUCACAAGCGACACACAACACCUUCCAGUUCCUGUUAGACAAAUCUACCAGGAUAAUGCAGGAGUUCAACCAGCAGUUGUUCAUGCAAGAGAACCCAGUGUUCCAUAAAGCACACGACUUCCAGUUCCAGCCCAGCGAAUGUGACAAGAGUCGUCAGCUGGAGUCGGAGAUGGGAACCACAGAGGAGCACAGUCUGAACAAGGAGGCCAGGAAAUGGGCAACGCGAGUAGCCAGAGAACACAAGAAUAUCAUUCACUACAAGAGAUCACUAGAGGAGUGUGAGAGUCAUGGCCUACCCCCCACUGAACAAGGCCGAGCAGAUCUUGAGAUGAAGAUAGAGGAAUCCAAAGAAAACAUACGCAAAGCUGAGACAAUAAAAUUAAAAGCAGAAGCUCGGUUGGACCUCCUGCGGCAAGUGGGCGUAGCUGUGGACACCUGGCUGAAGAGCGCCAUGAACCAGGUUAUGGAGGAGCUUGAGAAUGAGCGCUGGGCCAACUACACUUCCCAUGAUCCCUCACUGUCGGGUACAGUUGACUUGGAGCGUGAGGAGGGUGACGAGUGUGAAGAGAAUAUGGAGGUUUUUGACGACAGCAGCUCCAGCCCUUCAGGAACCCUACGCAAUUACCCACUGACCUGCAAGGUCCUCUUCUCAUACAAGGCUUCUCAACCAGAUGAGUUAACCAUUGAUGAACAGGAGAUGUUGGAGGUUAUUGAGGAUGGUGACAUGGAGGAUUGGGUCAAGGCUCGCAAUAAGACGGGUCAAGUGGGUUAUGUUCCUGAGAAAUACCUCCAGUUUCCUGCGUCCAACAGUCUGCUGAGCAUGCUUCAGUCACUGGCAACACUGGACGCUCGGUCACACACUUCUUCCAAUUCAACCGAGCCAGAGUUGCACUCUGGCUGUGUCAACGGGGAAGCUAACACGGUGUAUGUGCGAGCACUUUACGAUUACGAAGGCCAGGCGGAGGAGGAACUCUCUUUCUCGGAGGGAGCAGUCAUCCGCCUUUUAAGCCGUGACACUCAGACCGAUGAUGGUUUUUGGGAAGGCGAGCUUAAUGGAAGGGUUGGCGUCUUCCCCUCAGUUUUGGUGGAGGACCUGACAGAGAAUGGAGAGACCGGAGUGGGCGGGACAAAUGACAUACAGAUUUCUCCCUCUGCGAAGCUGCCAUCAUCGCUUCCACCUCUUCCGCUGUAUGAUCAACCUCCCAUAAGCCCUUUCACCAGCCCGGAGAGCUCUACCCCGCCGUCUCUCCCUCGCUCACCCUCUGCUGCACUCAACGGGGAUCAUAAGCUUCCACUGCCCGCCUCAUCACACAAGGGAUCGUUAAGCACCACCAAUCAAAGUUCUGGGAGAAGUUCAGUGUCACCUGGGUUUCAAACACAGCUGCCUCGAUUCCCACCUGAAGGAGGCCCAGGCAAACUACGACCUGUGCGUGCUGCCCCUCCCCCACCCAAACAGCAGUCUCGCCGACCACAUGGAAAGAGCGACAAGGCUGAGGAAGUGGAGAUCACACUGGUGUAACCGAGAUGGCACGGGGUUUGACACGAUUCAUAACAUGCUUAAAUGAUGGCAGCCUGUAUCCCACGAGCACGUCUCUGAUCUUAAACUGAUGAGAACGGAACUGAACCAUAUCAAACAAUCUCGUCGCCCAAUUCAGCUAGCCCUCUUUUUUUCUUUUUUAAUCCCCAAGUUGUGGAAGAGGGAAGAGAGGAGUGUGAGAGAGGCAGGAGAUCCGUUCAAAUUUCCUCCGUAUUUGCUUCCUAAUGAAGUGCAGUAGUAGGCUCCCCAGAGGCCCUUGUGCAUCCUCCCACCUCCUUCCAUUCUUGCCUUAAAACCUCACCUCAUUGGGCGGGGACCCAGUGCACACUGAAGAGGAGGACGAGGAGGAUGAGGAAGAAUGUUUGCAGAGGGAAGGAGUGUUGGACAAGAUUUUGGGACCUCAUUAAGCUUACUUUUUUCUUUUCUUUUUUACAAAUGCUCUUUUAUUUUGACGCGUAAAUAUUUGUGACUUGAGCAAAAAAUUUGUACGUUAUCACCAAUCAGUCAAUGGAAUAGGUUUGAGCUCCAAUACUUAAUUAACAUGAUCUGAUCAGGUAUGUUUGAGUUCUUGUUAAGUUUCACACCCUGAAACUCACUGCCCCUCCGUGUUGAUAGCAAUUGACACCUGAUUAUGUUAAUGAUGCUGCCAGACAAAAAGCCACUUUUGUGGGUCCUGUCUGGUGAAUAAAUCCUAACCUUCAACCUAUGAGCAAUAUUUUUCCCCCGAAAAUAAGCUAACCAGCAGGACAUUCAAAUGUUGACGUGUCACCGGAAACAUUGGGGAAUAAAUUGGUUGCAUGUGAAGUUCUAUGCCCAUAACAAGGUCAAAUUUCCUUUCAUCAGCUGAUUGGUGCUAAAUGCAAUGUCUCUUCCAAGUCAUUAGUGAAUUUCCAGAGGCUUCAUAAAAAGUAAGCUUUAAUGAGAGUAAGCAAGGACGUCCCACCGCUUGCCAUUUAUAGUUCUCGUCAUCCUCCAGUCCGUAUUUCAUGUGUAUUAGUACAGUACAUUACUGUUGUCGUAGGAAUGUUAAACGCAGAGUUUCAUAUUACAAGAGUCGCCUAAAUGAACAGAAAAUGUUUUUUUUCUGAAAGGGCAUUGUAAAUAUAGUUGGAAGGAGGACUGGAAGGAAACGAGAUUUGGAAAGAGAGAAAGGAGAGGCUGGAUCCUCCCUUCUGCUCUUCCCUCCAACUCUUCAUCCUUUCUUCUUCUCUGUACUGAUAGUUGGCAGUGAGUGCGACUCGGUGGCUGUCAUUGUAUUCACAUAAGCAUACUGUAUGCAGUUAUGCCAUAUUACACACACACACACACACACACACAGACACUGCAUCUUCUGUAAGCAUCGCCGAUUGGUUGAACGUUGAUUGACGUUAAAAGCACCGAAAGACUGAUUUGGUAUUCAAUUUGUUGUCAUGUUAAUUAUACGGAUAGACAGUAUUUCUGGCAUAGAGGUCUACUGUUUUUUCUGUUUUGUUUUUUUUCACGCUUGAUGGAUCGAUUCAUCAGGAUGAGUCAUUCCAUCGCAUUUGCCCCCAUAACUCCCUUCGUAUUGCAUUGGUUCUUUACCCGACAAUCUGUGUGUUCGCACCAAGCACCGUAAUUCAUCAUUCCUAAUACACCUUCCUCCUGUGUUUGUUCAGUGUUGGCGAAAAGAGAUCAGAAGCGCUGAAUGGGCAUAAUAAUAUGAAUAAUAUUCAAAGGCCGGCAAGUUUAAUUCUCUUUUGUGUCUCACUCCAAACUCUUACCGUCAAGCCUUCAAAUUACUCGCCAAAUGGCAGCGUAGCACUUUUUUUUUUUUUCUACAUUUCCGGCAAAGUAGCAGCACCUCCACUCCAGAGCUGAUGCCAGGGUCAAAUGUUUUCAUUAAGAGUCUAAGGUGACUUUUUGGUUUCAGCGUGACUGAUGUUUUCAUUUCAAUAUUUUCAAAAGAGACUGAGGCAUUGUGGGCAUUGAAAUUUGCAGGUUUGCUUAACUCUAAAAGAGGAUGUGUACUGUUAGAAUGUUUCCAGCAAAGAAUGUGUUUUCUUUGAUUGUUUGUUUUGAGAUAGCAAAGUGAGUUUUUUUGUUGACACCAGAGUGAUUGCUUUUCAAAGGAAAUUGUUAGAAUUUCAAGAUGCAAGAUCUUACUACUUCCAUACAUACCCCCCCCCCUCCCCCCAAAAAUUAAACAUAGACUUAAAUUAAUAUUUUCUUGGAUAACAGUUCCACACAAUUGUAUCUGGAGAGUGUAGCUUAAUAUUUAGAACACUAAUGAAAUACAGUAUUCACUUGUGUUUACAUGUAUAGGUGGGGAUAAUGAUCAAUAUAAUUAGGUGGAAUUUAUUGGUGAUUAAUCUUGAAGCAUUUUUCUUCUUUCUCAGAUAAGUUUUAGAUUGCUUGUGUUCAAUCAACCCAGCUUCUUCCAUCAAGAGACACAGGACAGGUUAUAGUAUAAAAAAUAAUAAUAGUGAUGGAAGACUUAAUUUGUGACAUUCAAACUUAUUCUGUUAGAUAUUUCUCCAACGAAAUGUGGAACCAGUUUACAUAAGAAAAUAUUAAUAUAUACUGUAAAUCCAGAAUUCGGAAUUUAACUUUGUGUAUACAAGUAGUGUUUGAUUCAGAGUGUCUAUAUCUGUUUUGUUUUUACAAUGAACAAAUGGAUAGUAUAGCUACUUGGGAUGGGACAAAUGUAAGUCAAAUAUGCUACCAUCAGAUAUUGGAUAUCGAAAUACUUCCUCCCCCCCCCUCAUCAUAAUGUUACGUAGCAUCCAUUGUGAUCAUCAAUAGUUUCAUACACAUUGGAAUUAAUCACAGUAUUAGAUCCGAAAAUUCCGUUCCCCUGCUGUUAGAAGUAAUCCCGAUCACAUGAAAGGGGUGUGGUCAAGGCAACGACAACGGCAGCCUCUCCUUGAUUUCUCUGAGAUCUUAAUUCAUCACGUAUAUGAUGUUCAAACUUGUUUUGAAGUUUAUUGUUUACAUCGGCGUCCCUGGGGAACUCAUUUCUUUAAAGACUCAGUCUAUUGUAAAAUGUUUUGUCUUCAGUUUCCACGUUUGAGAAACUUACCCUUUUUUUUUUUAAAAUCCCUUUUUUUUUUGAACAGUCGUUUUAUUUUUGCCAUAGUGUUAGGCCAUUCGAUAUUUGUAGAAUUAUUUUAUUUGUUGCGUCCACCUGUUUGGAUCAGCAGCACACUUCCUUUUAAUUAGUAAUAAAGUGGUAGAACCACUGGCCUUCUCUCCAGUUGGACUGUUGCCACGGUGACAAAUAAUAAGAACAGGUGCAAAUCUCUUUCUGCAUAUGGUUAUUGGCUGUACAAAAAGCUAAGUUUGUAUUUAUUGUGUACAAAUGUUAAUUAAUAAAAUAAUAUUGGGAAAACAGCA